AUCUUUGGGAUUUUUAGUACCACCUCGCGUUCCGAACCCAAUCCCACCGCGCAUUAAGGCCCGGGCGCCCGCUCCGCCAGAUCCCAUCCCCCUCCCCGGGCCGGCCAUGACGGUGUCGCCGCCGUCGCCGGAGGAGCCGUUCCGCGUGUUCGUCGGCUACGACCCGCGGGAGGACGAGGCAUACGAGGUGUGCCGCCGCAGCCUGCUCCGCCACGCGUCGGUGCCCGUCGACGUGCGGCCCAUCCGGCAGCCGGAGCUCCGCGCGGCGGGGCUGUACUGGCGGGAGCGCGGCCCCACCGAGAGCACCGAGUUCUCCUUCACCCGCUUCCUCACCCCCUACCUCGCCGGCUACCGCGGCUGGGCGCUCUUCGUCGACUGCGACUUCCUCUACCUCGCCGACAUCGCCGGCCUCCUCGCAUGCCUCCCCGCCUCCGCCGACCGCCUCGCCGUCGCCUGCGUCAAGCACGAGUACGCGCCCGCCGAGCCCACCAAGAUGGACGGCGCCAUCCAGACCGUGUACCCGCGCAAGAACUGGUCCUCCAUGGUGCUCUACAACUGCGGCCACCCCAAGAACGUCGCCGCGCUCACCCCGGACGCCGUCAGCACCCAGACCGGCGCCUUCCUCCACCGCUUCGCCUGGCUCGACGACGACGAGAUCGGCGAGAUCCCCUUCGCCUGGAACUUCCUCGUCGGCCACAACAAGGUCGACCCGGCCGACCCGUCCACGCAGCCCAAGGCCAUCCACUACACCUCCGGCGGUCCAUGGUUCGAGAGGUACAGGAACUGCGACUUCGCCGAGCUCUGGAUCAAGGAGGCCGAGGAGCUCAAGGCCGACAAGGAGAAGGAGAAGCAGCAGCAGCAGCAGCUCAUCAAUGCCAACGGCGGCGAGGAGGAGAAGAAGAAAGAGGGGAAUUGAAUUGAUUUGCAUUGCAUUUGCAAUUUUGCAUUGAAUUGGUUCUUUUCCUUGGUCAAAUCGAGCACUUUCCAUUCAGAAAUUCACUCACGGAUGCAGUAGCAGUAGCAAAUCAUGUUACUAAUCUGUCGGUUUCUUGGUUUGGUUUGGGUGGUAGGCUAUGAGUGGAUAGCUCUAGUAUACUUGCUUAUUCGUAGUUCGUAGUACGCUUUUUGUGUAGCUGCAAAUCAUCAAAUCAAUCGAUCUAUGAGUCCUCAAUGUUCAGAAAUUUUAGUUCUUUUGCCCUUUGAUCAAUUGACCCUGUACCUGUUUCUGCUGUUCCUGAAUUCUGAUCAUAGAAAUGUGAAUCUCUUCUGAUGCUGGGAAUGGCAUUCUCUUCUUUUUGCAGUGAUGAUUUGGUCCC